CUCCUGGAGGUUGGGUCUACCAUAGACCCGGGUGAGGUCUAAAACCGUUGACCUCCUGGAGGUUGGGUCUACCAUAGACCCGGGUGCCGCUGGGUCAAUGACCGUUUGCCACAUUCGCCCUAGUUUCAAAACAAGAUGCAUAUUUCUACUCUAACAUUUGCAAAGCAGGUGAGUACGUAUAAUAAAAUGGGAAAAUUGUUGUUUCAGAAAGUUCCAAGUCUUUCUAGGACCAUUUUGUCCAGUGCAAGUCCUGAGUUUUCUAGCCAUGAAAAAUGCUUCAAAAAGGUCGAUGAUGCUUCACGCCUUAAAUCUGGUUUUAGUAUGUUGGAUGCAGACUUCUUCAAUGACAGUAAGAUGCUCGAGAUCGAGAAGGGUGCCAAAGAGCUCAAUAUUCCCGUAUAUAAAGCCAAUCGGAAAAUAGUGGCUACCACCAAUGGAGGAUUAAAGUACCCUUCUCCUUUAGUUUUCAAUUCCGAGUGGAAACACGAAGAACCACAUGAUGAUGCUAAGAGAUUUAACUAUCCUUCGGUUUUUGGUGUUACGAGGCCUGAAAACGAUGAAGAUAUCGCCUUCAUGACUAUUCUUGAACUCGGACAUCUUAUACAGACGGAAAAAAUUACCUCGGAGGAGCUUGUUGGGAUUUUUCUGAAGAGGCUAAAAAGGUACAAUCCGGUUUUGGAGGCAGUGAUCACUAUCACUGAGGAUCUCGCCUACAAGCAGGCAAAGCAGGCCGAUCAACUACUCGCACAAGGCGUUUACUUAGGCCCGCUUCAUGGGAUACCGUAUGGGCUAAAGGACAUAAUUGCAGUUCCGGAAUACAAAACUACAUGGGGUUCAUCUACAUUCAAAGAUCAAGUUCUCGACAUUGAGGCUUGGGUUUACAAGAGAUUGAAGUCUGCAGGUGCGGUUCUCAUUGGGAAACUGGUUACGGGCUCUUUAGCAUAUGACGAUAUCUGGUUUGGCGGUCGAACCAGAAACCCGUGGAACAUCGAGGAGUUCACUACUGGUUCAUCGGCUGGGCCUGCUGCUUGCACCUCAGCCGGUAUGGUUCCAUUUGCAAUUGGGUCGGAAACAGCUGGUUCAAUAACUUACCCUGCGGCCCGGUGUGGUGUGACUGCAUUGAGGCCAACCUUCGGUGCGGUUGGUCGAACCGGUGUAUUGAGCUUGUCUGAGAGCCUGGAUAAACUUGGCCCGUUAUGUAGAAGUGCUGUUGAUUGCGCGAUUGUUCUAGACGUUAUUCGAGGUAAAGAUCCUGACGACUUGUCGUCAAGAAAGAUCUUGCUUGACGACCCGUUUUCUGUAGACAUCACGAAGCUUACCGUAGGAUAUCUCGAGGACGCCGAGAUGGAGGUUGUCGACGUGCUUAAAUCACAGGGUGUGAAAAUGGUACCGUUUAAGCUCGGGUACACUGUUGACUCUGCUCAAGGGAUCUUAAAUUUCACGAUGGAUGUCGAUAUGCUUGCUCACUUCGACACCUGGCAACGAUCCGGGGAAGAUGAUGAGUACGAGGCCCAAGAUCAAUGGCCGACAGAACUCCGCCGAGCACGCGUAAUACCAGCCGUAGAUUACGUACAGUCUCAAAGAGCACGCGGAAAGUUGAUUCGGGAAGUUAGGGAGAGUUUCACGGUGGAUGCAUUUGUGGGAAAUGCCACAGAUUGGGAGAAAGUUUGUGUCAGUAAUCUAGUCGGGAUGCCGGUAAUGGUCGUUCCGGUUGGUUUCGAAAUGAUUCCGGAUCCACCGACCGAGAAAACUCGUAGAAGAAGUACGGUGACGACCGGCAUUUACGCUCCUCCGGAUCAUGAUCACAUUGCGCUAGCAUUGACGAUGGCGUACCAAACCAUCACCAAUCAUCAUAAACGACGACCGCCCAUAGACGAUCUUGGUCUUGACGACAAGAUCCCAAAUCCACCCAAGGCCGUAAUUCCUCCAAGGAAACUAGGAGGUUAAUGCGUCAUUUUCGUUGCAUGAUGUGUUUGCGAAGAAUCUUCGGUAUUCAUGGUAAUUGAUGUGUGGGUAUUGGACGAUACACUUUUAUCUAUUUGUUCGUUUUCAUAGGCGUUAUUUUAGUUACGUUUUACAUGUUUAUUAUAAAACCAGUAUUAUAUCUCAUAUCUGUGACUCGUAUUGUUUUGGGAGCUAUCAGCUUAAAUAUAUACGACGUAUGUAUAAAUGACA